AGACACUUUUUACCCUAUAAAAACUGAAUCUUUAUACCAUUUGAUGCAUGUAAUGUGAAGCAUUUUUUUUUUCCAUCUUCUUCUCCGCCAACUUUUCUUGGUAUAUAUAAACUCAACACCCUUUUUCGUUUUCCCCCAUUUAACCGCACCAAAAGAAAGAAAAGAAAAAGGGGGGAAAAACAAGAUUUUUCUUGGGUAGCAUCGUUUCCAUUUUCUAUUGCUUUGGUUUCUUCACCAACUCACAAGCAUCUUCUCGCAUCGUUUGGCUGUAUAAAUAAGCAAUGGCUGCAACGACACUUUACCAAUCGGUUGGGACUCUUCAGUCUUGUAGAAAUAAUGGUAACUCUGGAUUGUGUCCUGAUUAUGGGCAUGUUUCCUUUAGAUCAGUGUCCAAGGGUUUCAAGGUUGAUGUGGGAUUGUUGAGAGGAGGAAGUUUUUGUUCUAGAAAGAGAAGUACUUGUGUAAUUCACGCCUCUGCUUCUCAGGCUACGGUGUUUGAUGAAGCUUCAGCACCAUCAAGUGCCACCACCAGUGACUCCAACAAGAAAACAAGUGAAGCUGCUUUGAUCCUGAUUAGACACGGUGAGUCUAUGUGGAACGAAAAAAACUUGUUCACUGGUUGUGUAGAUGUGCCUUUAACUACAAAGGGUGUGGAAGAGGCAGUUGAAGCUGGGAAACGAAUUAGUAAUAUACCUGUCGACAUGAUCUAUACUUCUGCUUUGAUUCGUGCUCAAAUGACUGCCAUGCUUGCCAUGACUCAGCACCGCCGCAAGAAGGUGCCAACUAUCAUUCAUGAAGAGAGUGAACAAGCAGGAGCUUGGAGUCAGAUCUUUAGUGAAGAUACCAACAUGCAAUGUAUACCAGUUGUAACAGCUUGGCAACUAAAUGAGAGAAUGUAUGGGGAAUUACAAGGUCUUAAUAAGCAGGAAACAGCUGAUAAAUAUGGAAGUGAGCAGGUUCAUGAGUGGCGUCGUAGCUAUGAUAUUCCUCCUCCGAACGGAGAAAGUUUGGAAAUGUGUGCAGAGAGAGCUGUUGCCUACUUCACAGAGCACAUUGAACCCCAACUGGCAAGUGGAAAAAAUAUAAUGAUUGCAGCCCAUGGGAACUCAUUGAGGUCCAUCAUUAUGUAUCUUGACAAGCUAACAUCCCAAGAGGUUAUAAGUUUGGAGCUUGCCACUGGAAUCCCCAUGCUUUACAUAUUUAAAGAAGGAAGGUUUAUUCGCAGAGGAAGUCCUCCAGCCCCAACUGAGGCAACAGUCUAUGCUUAUACGAAGAAAUUGGCUCAGUACAGACAAAAGCUAGAUGAUAUGUUUGAGUAAUGUGACAAGGGGUUUGCUUUCAGUUGAAGUAGAUUUGAUAUGCCUCUUGAAGACUAGUUUCUCUUGCAAAUGGGAGUGAUUUGUUUUUUCGUUUAAUGUAGUCUUUCGCAUAGAUAGGCCAAACAAACUCGGCCACUUUUUUCGUAAGUGUUGUUCUA